UCGGCCAUCAUCAGCGGAGGCGCGCAGUUCAGUGACCCGCCGCAUCGUCGCGUGAUGAAGGGGGGGCGCGGGGAGUUCUGACAUAUUGUGAGAUGCCAGCCCGCUAACGCCGGUCCUCGAAAAACACCUCGUUCCAUCUCACUCUCUCUCUUUCUGUCGUUACCUCCUUUCUCCUUCCUUUAGUUCUUGCUCUAUCUCUGUUCUUCUCAUUGACAUUUUUCUCUGUCUUUCUCUCAUUUGUGAGGCGCGCGCGCGUGCACGCGGGCGUACACGCACUCUCUCUCCUUCCUCGUCCGACACGUUACCGCCGCCUUGGCUCGUCAAAAUCCCCAAAAUAUUCGUACCGCCAGUGGUGGACUUUCCGCGAGUUUUUCCGGCUGCGCGCGCGCGAGCGACGAGGUCGGUGUUCUCCUCGCGAGAGAAAGAGAAAAGUGAGAAGGACAGAAAGAGAGAGAGAGAGAGAGAGAGAGAGAGAGAACGCAGUCGCGCCGCGUGUACGCUCGUUCUCUGUUCGUCGCGCUCAUAUACGCUCCGGAUGUCUCCCGAAAUUCUCGAUCGACCAAAGAAAUCUGAGGAGUGUGGCCGCGAGUGUUCCCACGCCGACCGUGCGACGCGUAUUAACAUUACGCAGACCUUUUCUCGCUUUUCUCUUCAUUUUCCCCUUUCCCUCCUGCUCCGUUAGUUCCGUUCUCUAUUUAUCAUCGCACUAGUUUCUCCGUGACAACCUCCGGGAUUUCCUCGUCGUCUCCUCUCGUCUAGACACGCAACUGUCAAACGGAAGUUUCGCCGCGUCCGAGUGAAUCGUUUUAUCGACGAGAAUCAAUUCGCGAAGGCACUUGCUGUCUUGUCUCUCGCUCACCGUCUCUUCUUCCGUUCUGCUCGGCGCGUGAAAAUCAUCUCGCGAAUCUACGCAAGUGAUAUACUGUCUGUACUGUGUGUACGCGUGUACAUGUGAAACGUAUUGAACGGAAACGCGGAGUGCGAGCGACUUGCACACGGCUGGAAAGACUCCAGGUGGAAAAUCACGAGGAGGAGCACAAAGCGCGUGUAUACUCGUGAUCCCAUGACUUUUCUGUCGCGCUUGCGCGUGAUUAGAGAUUCACGCUGUUCGUAUCGCGUCAAUUAUACGUAUCAUUACACACGAAUGUGGACGAAAUUGUUCGUCUUGAUUAUGUGAACAAGAUCCUGAAGAAAAUAAGAUUUCACCUCACGAUGGGAAGUUCAUAUUUAGCAAUAUUUACGAAUUCUAUGCGCAUAAUGGAACAUGAAGCUGUUUGUACUUCUUUAUUACAUCAAUAAUGUGGUGUAACAUACACAAAUUUUUAUUUUUAAGUUUCCGAGAGAUUUUAUUUUUGAGAUUUUGCUUAAAUUAAUUAUCAAACAUUAUAAUUUUACAUUUAGUGGGUCGGAAAGAUUUCAGAAAUAUAGUAAUUGUUUUGGAAUGUUACUAAAAGUAUAUCCUAUUUGUCUAAACUAUUGUCUUCUCGUUCCAACACAAGUAUAUAACAACAAUUUUUGCGGAAGAUAAGUAUAACUUACAGAAAAAUUUCUUAUGCAAGGCGCUAUUGCGUCUUUUUACAUAUUUGGACUUAUUAUGAAUAAACGUAGCAAUCGUAAUAAUGAAGAAAAUUAAAAUGAAAAUAAUUGGUUAGCGAUAGACAAUAGUAACAACAGUCAAAAAAAUGUAGAUACGCUAUUUUUGUGACUACUAAAAUAUUGUUUAUGCCAUAUGAAAUUUAUAACUGCAUCAUAUAACUGCAUCAUAUAACAGUAUCUUCUAAAAUAUUAGGUUUUAUUGUCAGUUAUACAGUUAAAUUUUAUAAUAAGUAUGAUUGGCCUUAACAUAAAUUGGCGCCACAGAAAAAUUUUUUUUCUAAAUUUCACAACAGUUCAAAUAUAAAUUCUGUCUCUAUUAUUUAAAUUGGUGAAGUACUAAACAUACGCGAUACCAUAAUAUUUGCUAAUCAUUUAUCUACCUUAAUUAUUUGGCAGUCAAAAAAUUGUAGCUGUACUUGCAAGUCUAUUUGUUUGAGUGAAUAUAGACAAUAUUUUAUAUAUGUAUAUUUAUACAUAAUUUCUGAUUUAUGAUUGCGUUAAAUAUUCAUAAAAAUUAUUUAUAUAUGAAUAUCAAAGAAAAAAAGGAAUGAUGCUACGCACUAUGGAACACAAUUAUGUUCUUGUAUAAAAUAUGUUUAAUUUAGAAAAAAAAAAAUUAGAAUUGCUGUUAUAAAAGAUAAUUUGAACAAAAGUGCCCGACGCAUAAACUCUUAUCCAAAAUUACAAUAAAAAGCUUUUUUCUACGAUAUUAGUGGUCAUUGUAGAAAAUGAGAUUGACGAAGCAAGUCAAAGAUAAUGAAGCAAAAUGAUAAGAUGUAAAAUGUUUUGAAAGACAAUAUAAAAAAGUUAUUUUUAAACAUUCACAGAUAACAUUACGCUGUAAAAAAUAUAAAAUUUUAAUUACGUUCUGUUUUUUAUCAGACAUACUGUUUGUUUUAUUGAACGUAGUAAUUGAAAUCAAUGUCUCAUACGUGAACGUUAUUCUAGUUCUAUUGUGCAGAGCCAGUGAUUUAUUAUCAAUCACUAAGAAAUCUCAUCAUAAAUUGCAACAAUACAUCGACGUGGCGUACGAGGAAGGCGACGUUUCGAUUUCGGGAGUUCCGGGUAUAGCGCCUGUCCGCCGUUGCCGAUGCACGCUGCGCUCUCCGCAUGACGCACGUCGAAGAUGCGAGCGUGCCGGGUGACUGUACUCUGGGUUCAUCGUUCUCGGUUAUGUAAUGUUCGGCCGCGUAUGUAUGGUGCAAGCGCCUCGACGUUCUGCUCGUGGCGCUAGAGUUGCCGGACGAGAGAAGCGCACUCGGGCGAUAUAGCCGGACAGAAGACCGGCCGCGCACCGAAUCCUCGUUUCCGUGCACGCACACGCGCACGUGCGAACAAUCGCGUCUCCGAGCCACCCUGCUCACACUUUUUUGCAACACGAAGCUGCUUUUGCAUCGGACUUUUUCUAGCCUCUAAGUUGAAGGGAUAACUACCGAGUUACGAGUGAAGAGCUUAUAGGUUUCUUUACUUAAAUAUAAGUGGCUGCGUACUUUUGUGCAAUACACGUGGAGCAUAUCGUGAAAAUAAAUGGUGUGCAUUUAAGACAAAGACUUAAUUAAAGACUAAUUAAGGACGUCCAUUCCACGGACGACCGAUUUUGAUCGUAAUCACGCGCGUGGAUCUUAAGGAACGAGCCGGUUUUGUCCCCACGAUAGAUCGUAAAUGAAACCAGCAAGAAAGACCCGUAAAUGGAGGGAAGUCUGUCAGGAUUUGGCGGGCCUACAUGGGGUGCCGACAGUACGAGUCCUCAGCCGGCGGAAAAACCGAGAUCGAGAGAGAGAUCCGCGCAGCCUCUCUCCGGAGCUGGCAACGCGAUCCUCGAUGAUCGUAGACUGCAAGCUAAUUCAAUACGAGCCCAGAUCGAGAUAAUCCCGUGCAAGGUAUGCGGGGACAAGAGCAGCGGCGUGCAUUACGGCGUGAUCACCUGCGAGGGCUGCAAGGGCUUCUUCAGGCGGUCGCAGUCGUCGGUCGUCAACUAUCAAUGUCCGCGGAACAAGAAUUGUGUGGUCGACCGUGUAAACAGAAACCGGUGCCAGUACUGUCGGUUGCAAAAGUGCCUACGCCUCGGCAUGUCAAGAGAUGCCGUUAAAUUUGGGCGCAUGUCGAAGAAACAACGGGAAAAGGUUGAAGAUGAGGUCAGAUUCCACAGGGCGCAAAUGAGGGCGGCCUCGGAGACGGCGCCGGACAGCAGCGUAUUCGAACAUCAGACGCCGAGCAGUUCGGAUCAACAUCAUCCUUAUAAUGGCGGGUACACUUACGGCGGUAGCGAAUACACGUCGUCAGGUCCCGGUACCGGCAGUUACACGAAUUACAAUCAUCAGGCGAUGACGAAUUACGAGCUUAGCGCCGACUACGUCGACAGCACGACGACCUACGACCCCAGACCGACGCAGACGCAGGUCGCGGACACCGUUGCACCCGACACACCCUCGGCCGUCACCGCUACCGGGGUGCUUCCCAGCGUGGUCACUACCGGGAAGUCUCUGUCCGCCUCGACGACCGGGAGCGGCGCAGGGGGUGGCGGUACUGGUGGCGGAGGAGGCGGCGGCGGCAGCGGCGGCGGCGGCGGCGGUGGUAGUGGUGGUGGUGGUAACGGUGGUGGCGGUACUGGUAGCGGUAAUGGUAGUGGUAGCGGCAGCGGCGGCGGCGGCGGUGGUGGUUCCGCCGCGGCCGCCGGCGGGACUGCCGGGGGUGGAGGCGGCGGCGGUGGCAGCGGCUCCCUGAGCGGCGGCGGAAUCGUCGCCGUGAAGCAGGAGACCACCGUCGAACUCGCCGGCCUGGGCCACGGCUCGUACACGAUGGUUGACUCGACGACCUUCCUUAGCGGACAGCAGCAAAGGGUCAGCAACCCAUCUGAAGAUGACGAAGUGCCGAGUCUGCCCAGUAUGUCCCAUGCGAUGAGAUAUCCGGCACAGAUCAGCGAGCUUCUCUCGAAAACGAUAGCGGAUGCGCACGCAAGGACAUGUCUGGUAUCGACGGAACAGAUCUUGGAGUCCUUCCGAAAGCCCACCGACAUCUCCAGAAUGAUCUACUACAAGAACAUGGCGCAUGAGCAGCUCUGGUUGGAGUGCGCCCAAAAAUUGACCACCGUUAUCCAGCAGAUCAUCGAGUUCGCCAAAAUGGUCCCUGGAUUCAUGAAGCUCUCGCAGGACGACCAGAUUGUUUUAUUAAAGGCCGGUUCCUUCGAGUUGGCUGUGCUACGAAUGAGCAGGUACCUCGAUCUCCAGCAAAACUGCGUCCUAUACGGCGACACCUUGCUACCGCAGGAUGCGUUUUAUACGACGGAUACGGCGGAAAUGAAGCUUGUUUCCUGCGUGUUCGAACUGGCCAGAAGCAUCGCCGAACUGAAGCUCACUGAAACCGAGUUGGCGCUCUAUAGCGCGGCUGUUCUACUUAGCCCUGAUCGACCGGGACUGAAGUGCCUGGGAGAUAUCAAUAGGCUGUCGCAGGCGGUGAUCAGAGCGUUGAGGUCGGAACUGGAUCGGAACCACGUGACGCCAAUCAAGGGCGACGUGACCGUGUGCGACGCGAUUCUCGCGAAGAUACCGCAAUUACGGGAGAUCUCGUUGCUACACAUGGACGCGUUGGCGAAGUUCAAGCGGUCGCAACCGCACCUCGAGUUCCCGGCCCUUCACAAGGAGCUCUUCAGCGUCGAUAGCUGA